CGCUACCCGUUUUUUCGACUCGACAGUCGGAGUCAGUCAGUCUCGCUGCCGAAGUCCGCCCGAAGUGGCCGAUCAUGACCGAUUGUGCGGGUGCUGAUCGUUGUCGCGAUGGAUCGUUGUUCGCCGGUACUCGCGAGUUGCUACAGUUACAACCCCAUCGUCCACUCGUUUCAAGCUGCUGCGAUUGUGCUUCUGUCGCUUUCUUUUCUCGGAAGCCGCGGUGGACUGGCUGAGUCAUCGUCGUAUCGAGCAGCUCUGCCGGCUCAUCUGCGGGAAUGCUACACGAGGCACGACGGCGUACUGGCGCCCUCGCUGCCCCUCAAUCUACCCGUCAUCCUCGACAUCGUCAGGAAGCUCGAGGCAUCCUCGUCCUCGAGCACCUCGCUACGGGACAUGUCCAACGGCAUCUUGGGCAGGUUCAAGUUAGACGGCAUCGAACACGUCCGGAGUCACCAGGUGACCGGCGUCGCCGCCGCUGAUCGCUACCAGGCACGCGGACCCCAGCGACUGCGUAAUCGCGUGCUGCAGGAGCUGCUGCCGCGCGAGGCUCUGCCCCAGGCCGAGCAGCUGCUGACGCGGCCCGAGCGCUGCCUGCUGCACCAGGCCCUGUCCAACAGUCUGUGGAGCAGUCGCGGACCCGGCGAAGAGCGAUUCUGCGAGCCCGCCCCGCCAAGAGGACGCCUGGCCGUGAGAUCGCUGCACGGCGGAGCCGACUACUCUUCAACGUGCCCGAAGGAGUCCGGCGUCGUGCUCACCCACUACGGCACCGUCGCCCUGGGCUCGGUGAUCGCCGCCGUGGCGGCAGCCCUCCAGCCGCAGCAGGUGCGCGCGAGGCUGCUUCAAGAUCUGCCCGGGCUCGCCGCCCCGAGCGAUCGUCAACGGGCCUGGCAGAGGGACGGCGGCAAGUCGUCGCAGAGCCGCGUCGACAACGUCUGGCUGGCCACCCUGGCCGGCGAUCUGGCCGAGAUGGUGGUGAAUCAGGGACCCGCGGCGAGGGAGCAGAUGUAUCUCGGGGCGAGCGGCUUCUGGAACAGCACCAUAAGGCCGCGGGCCUUCUACGUGCGUCAUCGCUACGACAGCUGGGACGCGACGAGGGCCGAGCUGCUCGGCGACGUCGACGGCCUGAUCCUGGCCAGGCACAUGGAGCAGUGGCCGGCCCACGUCGCCGAUGGACUGCGUCUGAGCCAGCUGCUCGACAUGUACUACUCGGAGAAGGGAGUUGUCGCUGCCGCUGGUGGUGGCCUCGACAACAGCGCCUCGUCGUCGUCGUCGAGGGUGGCCAGCGCCUGCCGACGCAGCCGGGACUUUCCCUGGGCCGCGCCCAACUCCCUGAUCGAGGAGCAGACCUACGCCGCGGCCCAGGUCAUCGGCUACCUGGGCGCGGGCGCCACGCCCGUCUCCGAGGAGGCUCUGCAACGUCUGAGCACUCGGGCAGUGGCCACCUUCGACCGUUACGCCAAUCAGGGACUGCUCGGCGCGCAGCCCUGUCUGGGUCAGCGAAGGGAUCGACCUCGACUCGAACUCCUCGUGGCUUUCGACGGCGCCUUCACGCCCGAGUACACGGCGGAGUUUCUCGCGUCUUUGAUCGACGACUUUGACGUUUCGGCCUACGGAUCUCGAAUGGGCCUGCUCGACGGCGAAACAGGCCGAUGGCUGACGAACGUCACCGCGAGCACGUCCGACGCUCACCAAGCCCUCAACAGACUCUCCAGAAUCAAUUGGCCCGACACGGUCGAUUUUCCCGCCGUGCUCGGCAGUAUCGAGGCUUACCUCGACAAGAACUGGCAGGACAAAUCGGGCGCGAGUCACGCGGCGGGCAGCGUCGCCACGGCCGUGGUGCUGCUGGUUCCUCAAGUUCAUUUGAACGAGCGACAGUUAGCCCAAGCGCUCGAGAGCGUUAAAAGGCUCAAAUCGAAGCAUCCAGAUACGCAAUUUUUGUAUUACACCUGCGAGUCCAAGUACGACCAGUUUCGACGUUUUCUACUUACAGAUGAGGAUCACGUUGUAAAGUCAUUGGUCGCCAGUGAUAUAUCGAGACAUUUGAGCUCGGUGCCGAAAACCCUGAGGCCAACGAGCUGUAGCAGCGAAGCACCGAGCGAAAAAUCUUACUUCGAGGACUACAUCGAUCCCGACGAAACCAAUACCUACAGGCUUCAUCCGCAUUGGCGAUACCGGACGAAGCGGCUCACUCUGUCGGUGCAGGGUGUCGGCUACGGCUUGAUGAAAGUCUGCUGGUGGAACCAGUGGACCAGCUCGAGCCCGAGGAUGAGCCACCGCUGCGACGAUCUGUCGCUCUACACCGACUUGACCCUCACCGCCGACGAGGCGAACUUGUGCGACGAGAACGAGGACAAAAAGUGCCCGAUCACCUACGUGCAAGUGACGAACGUUUCUUCCACGGUGAAGUGCGUCGAAAAACAGUGCCGGUAUCCGGAUCAAGUGCGAUACCGCGUGCGCGUCGAGACGGACGAGUGCUCGUCCGGCGCUCGCAACGCGUCAGUAUUAAAGUUAACGCUGAUUCUGCUACUGUUGGUUUCUCUGAUUCAAUGAGCGUGGACUCUCGAU